UUGAGCAGCCUGCAGUGGAAAGCUGGAGCCAUGGUGUGUGGCAGGCGGAUGCAGGAGCAGAGAGCAGCCAGGGAGAGCAGAACUCGGAGGACGCGGUGGGGCAUGGCGGGGAAGAUUAAGUUCCUGGCUUGGCUAAUGGUAGCCAUCUGCCUCCUCCCUGGGUUGACUACAACCCAGCACCAUGAAGGGCAGCGCAUGAACAGCACCAGCGUGGCAGGUGGCCUGCAGGAGCCAGAGGCCCCGGAAGUGAUGUUUGAGCUGCUCUGGGCCAGGCUGGAGCUGGAUGUCAUGGGGCAGCUGCACAUCCAGGAUGAGGAACUGGCGUCCACCCGUCCAGGCCGCCGACUCGGGCUCCUCCUGCAGCACCACGUGCCCAGUGACUUGGAGGGUGCUGAGCAGUGGCUGCAGCAGUUCCAGGACCGGCGGAAGGGGCCUCCUCUUAGCCCUUGGGAUUUUGAACAUCUGCUCCUCACCGGCCUAUCCUGUGUCUACCGGCUCCACAAGGCUCUGGAGGCCGAGGAGAGGGGUCGCUGGGCCCAGGUCUUUGCCCUCCUGGCACAGGAAACACUCUGGGACCUGUGCAAAGGCUUCUGCCCUGAGGGCCAGCCUCCUUCUUUGGGGCCCUGGGCCUCAAUCCUUGACCCCUUCCCCUGACCCUCCCCUUUCACUAUCAGCCCCCUAAUUCCCACCCCAAGCCAGACUCAUCCUGGGCAGGGGCUUCCAUAUGGCACCUGGUUCUUCCCACUGUGUUCAGGUCUUUGGCUUAGGGCUGCACCCGCACCCAUGUUUACCGCUUCCCCAUCUUCUUCCCCGGGUCCUGAUAGGCAAAGAGCCCAACCUCUGGGUCCCAGGCAGCAGGUGCAAAACUAAAGCAGGACCUCCAGGCAGUGUGUGGUGUGUGUGUGU